AUGACUGAAGGUGCUGCUGUACCUAUCUUUGCUGCAGAACUAACAUGGCUCUUCCUUCGUCCAAUCGCUACAGCUGGAGCGGUUGCUCUUGCCGUCAAUUAUUUUUUAUGGCCUGAUGAUAGUGUGGCGAACUAUAUGCAAGUACUCCAAUCCACUUUAUCUACAUGUGAAAUCUUCGUCAAGGAAAAUUCGGAAGCAUUUUUGAAUCUACAAUCCAACACUGGUGCAUCUUCUUUACCUUCGCUUCAGUCACGACUUCAAGGCAUUAUGCUUCUUUUGAUUGAUUGCAAGCGGGCAGUACAACGUGAAGUUAUAUACAGCAAACUAUCCAGCACUGAUAUCAGCAACUUGACUAAAAUUGUGAAAAAUAUGUAUCCUGGCCUUCAUGGUCUUGGUCUUAGUGUUAUUAUGGAAAAAAAUUAUCUCUCCCAAUUGGCAAUUGAUCCUCUUUUGAAACAGGCCACCGAAAAUGACAACGAUGCUAUGAUGGAUGAAUCUAAACGUAUUCGCAAUGGAUAUCAGGAUGCUGUGGCAUUGAUAAAACCUACCAGUGAACGUUUGACAAAUGCAACAGUCUCCUGUUUGGAAAAAUGCAGAUCAAGUCUCAAAAGCUUUCAACCUCGACCAAGACAACCCCUCAACACGUUCUUAUGGCCAUUCCCUCGAUUUACAUCUUUUGGAAAAAGUAGUCAUCGUCAACAUUUAUUGGAUAUGGAGGAAGCGGGCAAGAAAUUGGAUGAUGCAGUGGAUGAACUUAACAAGGCUUUGGAGGAAUUUGAUCAAAUACAACGCUCAAAGUCAAUGGAAUGUUAUUCUCAAAUUUGUCAACAGAAUCCGCAUAUGGAACAAGAGCAACUGGACAAUGAGACUCAUGGUGGUUUAUCCAAGACGCACGGACCGCUUUACCUCAUGUUUCUUUAUCAGCACAAUAUUCGUGAUUACAGUUCUCAAGUGAAUUCUCUGGCAAAUUCGAUACAAAUACUUCAUCAACACAAUACUGAACGAAGAUUAUACUUUCCUCAGAUGUCUUUGAAGAAAUGGUUCAACUCAAACAACGAAGUGGAUCCAACCUUUUUUAACAAAAAACACAGCAACAAUAACAACAAUUACGAUUAUGGGCAACAGGAUAAUAAUGGUAUGGUUGAUACUGCCAAUCUCUCUUUGGUACAAACGAUGACUCGGAAUGAUCCCUAUAGUGAUGAUCAAGAUGGACGAGAAGGUUUUAUCAGAAGAAGAAGUAUAACAAGCAAUCGCCAUCAUACUGCUACUAAUCCUACAUCGUCACAGCAUGAUUUUCCUUCAAAACUACAUAUGGAUCCUGAUGUCUCACCUCCGUCCACCUUUAGUGAACAAUUCUUUAAUGGGUUAUACAAGGUAUUUCUCUGGCUCAAGGAUAUUGACACUACGUUUGCUUUGAAAACUGCUGUUGGUAUGGUUCUGUUGGCUAUUCCUUCAUGGAUGACUCAAAAUGCUGGAUGGUUCGAAAACUGGAGAGGACAAUGGAGUUUGAUUACAUUAUGUCUUUGGAUUUUCCCAACUCCUGGUCUAUUCCUUUUUGGCCUUUAUACUCGUGUCCUUGGUUCCGUGGUUGGUGCUGUUUUGGGAAUUGUUGUUUGGGAAAUUACAAGAGGAAAUCCUUAUGGUUUGGCUGUACUUUGUUUUGCUCUCUUUAUUCCAUUAUAUCAUAUCUUUUUCUUUAGUGCAAUGUAUCGUAUUGUUGGUUUAAUGGGAAAAAUUACAAUGGUUUUAGUGGUUGUUUAUGCCUAUAAUGCAGAGUUAGAAGGUGGUAAUUCAUUUGAACCUGUAUGGACAAUAGCUGGAAAGCGAUUGUUGGCGGUGGUGAUUGGUAUUGCAGCAGCAGGUCUCUUAUUACUUUUCCCAGCUCCAGUACAAGGACGUAUUGAAUUACGAAAACGACUGGCUACAACGAUUCGCGAUAUUGGUCGAUUAUAUGGAAUUGUUACAGCCGAAGUAACAUCCACCAAAGUCAUUGGUGAAAUAACAGCACAUCAACAAAAAGCAUUUCGCAAAAAAGCCUUGGAAAUUCAACGACAAUUAGCUGAUGAACGCAAUCUUCUUGCCCAUUCCAAGUAUGAACCUCCGUUACGUGGAAAGUUUCCUGUCAAAAAAUAUUCUCAAAUUUUGGAAACUGUUGACAAUCUGGCUGCUCUUGUGCAUAGGUUUUGCACUUCGAAAAGUUAA